AUGUCAACACCAAACGGCGCCCUCAAUUCUUCAAACAACGACUGUUGUGACAGCAGAAGUAGUGACAAGCCUGCUAUUGAUUUGCUUAACUCGGAGAAAGUGGCCAUUCUCAGCUGUAGUGCCCAGCACUCUCCCAAACUCAUUGACCGAAAUGUGCGUGAGUUAGAAGUCGAGACGCAGAUUUUGCCGUUGAACACUUUAGUUAAAGAGCUGCUCAAAGAACAGUACAAGGCAAUCAUUAUUGCUGGCGGCCCAGGUUCAGUGUUCGCCGAGGAUGCCUUGCCGUACGACAAGGAUAUUUUUACAACUGGUAUUCCCGUUUUGGGCAUUGGCUACGGAUUUCAAAUGAUUAACAAUCACUUUGGCGGUUUGGUGGGGGAAUGCAAGGAAGAACACAAAGAUUCUGCCCAGUUGACCAUUAUUGUAGACAGUCAGAAUCUUCUCUUCAGUAAUUUGGAUUCACAGCAGAAAGUUCUACAGGCUACUGGCGUUUCCGUCUCAAAGGUAGCCGACGGCUUUGAAGUUGUAGGGAAAUCAGAAAACGUCAUUUUCGCUAUUGCAAAUGUGGAGAAGAAACUGUACGGUGUACAGUUCUACCCAGAGAAUGACCUCUCUACAAAUGGCAAAGAUAUGCUGAAGAACUUCCUAUUCUACGUGGCCUCUCUCUCGGGCAACUUUACCCAGAAGUUUCGAGUGGACAAGAGCAUCGACCGCAUUCAAAAGUUGGUGGGCUCGAGCAAAGUUCUGGUGCUAGUAAACGGUGGCGUCAACUCAGUGGUCAGCGCCACUUUUCUGGUGAAAGCACUAAAAGCCGACCAGGUGAUUGCCCUGUACAUUGACAGUGGCUUCAUGCGCAAGAAUGAGGGUGUUCAGGUGGAGAAGGCACUGAAAAGCGUCGGUCUCGACAUGAAAACCAUCAAGGCCUGGCUGCAGUUCAGCAACGCCACCACG